AAACAACACGAUUCUCUCGUUUUCCCUUUUCCUCUCCUUCUCUUCUUUCCCUUCCAUUUCCUGCUUCGUCAAAAUGAGGAUGAGCUGUAAUGGUUGUCGAGUCCUCCGCAAAGGUUGUAGUGAGAAUUGUAGCAUCAGACCUUGCUUGCAGUGGAUCAAAAGCCCGGAGUCACAAGCAAACGCCACUGUUUUCCUCGCCAAGUUCUACGGCCGUGCCGGGCUCAUGAACCUUAUCAACGCCGGCCCCGAGCACCUCCGCCCUGCGAUAUUUCGGUCUUUGUUGUAUGAGGCAUGUGGCCGGAUAGUGAAUCCGAUUUACGGGUCGGUCGGGUUGUUGUGGUCCGGGAGCUGGCAACUCUGCCAAGCAGCUGUUGAGGCAGUGCUAAAAGGCACACCGAUCACGCCGAUUGCAUCUGAAGCAGCGGCCAACGGCCAGUGUCCUCCGCUUAAGGCGUACGACAUUCGUCACGUUUCGAAAGACGAGAACUCUGCCGCUUCCAACGAUCUCAACCGGGUCAAGACUCGGUGCCGGGUCAAGCGAACCGUUAAGCCGAAAGCUAAGAAGCCUUUCGAUGAGUCAGUUGAGUUGAAUCGUUCGUCGAGUCACGAAUCGUCCCUGAGUCACCAGUCCGAGGUGGCAGCUGUAGACGGCGACAGCAAAGAAACCGAAAGCAUGAUCUCCGUCGAAACCGCCGAGGCGUCCCUUCUUUUCCGAGCCGAGCCGGAGUUUGGCACAAAGCCAAAAGAAAGAGCACGCGAUGUGGCUGAGCUUGGACUGGACCUGACGCUGGGACUUGAGCCUGUAGCUUCACGUGCUAAUCACGUGGUCGUGCCAGUGAAGAAAAGGAAGGUGGAGGGAUACUUAACGUGCGAGGACAGCACGUGCAAGGUGAAGCUGGGACUGGAGUAGCCGGCUUGAAGUUGAGGGUGUGCAGCCCAAGGAAUGUUGGGUCCAGUUUUUGGCGGCUCAGUUCGGCUCUGUUUAUUUAGUAGAAGAGUUGUUUUUUCGUUUAUUAUUAUUAUUUUUUUUGGUCUGUAACUUCUAUGUUUCUAAGUUUAGUUUAGUUUAGUUUAGUUUUGGGUUUUUUGCCUUUAUGAACAGGUGUACAAAUGUCGUUUACAUUAAUAUAAAUGGCAAAUUUAC